CUACACUUCGACCCACUGACCCUGAAGUCUGGCGACAUUUUGCGGAUUCUCCGGCAUGCCUUAACAUUCAAUCCGACUAACCAGCCGACGAUUCCGGCUCCGACACAAUGGCUAUCGUCCUUAUUCUGGGCAUCAUCGGGAACGGGUUCCCUCCCAUCAUCCGCGACAACGCCCGAGCCAUCAUCUACACGCUCCUCUCCGUGACCUUCCUGACGCUCCUCAAGCUGUGGACUUCCGGCCGCGCAAACCCCACCGAGCGCCUGCUGCACGGCAAAGUCGUCCUCCUCACGGGCGGCACGUCGGGCAUCGGCGCCCAGACGGCCCUGGAACUCGCCCAGCGCGGCGCCCAGCUGGUGCUGCUCACGCAGUCGCCCGACUCGGAUCCCUUCCUCGUCGAGUAUGUCCGGGACCUCCGCGAGCGCACCAACAACCAGCUCAUCUACGCCGAGCAGGUCGACCUGGCCGACUUCCACAGCAUCCGCAAGUUUGCCACGAAAUGGAUCGACAAUGCUCCGCCCCGCCGCCUGGACAUGAUUGUCCUGUGCGCUGCGACCUUGACGCCGCCGGGCGGCAAGCGCAAAGAGUCAGUGGAGGGCAUUGAGGAGACGUGGAUGGUCAACUUUCUGGCCAAUUUCCACCUGCUGAGCAUCCUUAGCCCUGCGCUCCGAAUCCAACCGAUCGACCGAGACGUCCGCAUCAUCAUUCCCACAUGUUCUGCGUACAUUGGGUCACCAUCUCUCAAGAAGGAACUCUCGCCAAAGACGUGGUCGCCCGGCACCGCCUACGCUCGAAGCAAGCUUGCCAUGAAUGUGUUUGGCCAGGCAUUCCAGAAACAACUCGACAUCUACAAGCGACCUGAUGGCGGCAUCAUGAACACCCGUGUCAUUUUUGUCGACCCAGGACUCGCGCGCACCCCAAGCACUCGCCGGUGGUUGACCCGUGGCUCCCUCUGGGGUCUUGGCCUGUACCUCGUGGGUUACAUUUUCCCGUGGUUUCUGCUCAAGUCCCCCAACAUGGCCGCGCAGUCCAUUCUGUACGCCGCCAUGGAUGGUGAUUUGGGCCGUCUACCCGGUGGCAAACUGAUCAAGGAGUGCAUGGAGGUGGACUUUGCCAGGAGCGAGGUCAAGGAUGAGGAGGUGGCCAAGAAGCUCUGGGAGGAGAGUGAUGCUUUGAUUGCAAAGGUGGAAAAGCUACAGGCCAAGAGGAGGGCAGCCGAAAAGGCCCAAGUCGAAAUCAACGCCCAGAAAAAGAAGGAGCAGGAACAAAAGGACGAAGUGCAGGGAUUGGUCGACGCCAUCAAAAAGGGCAAGGAGCAAGAAAAGCAAAAGGCGGCCAAGAAGAAGAAGGCCAAGUCAAAACAAACUGGAGCAGGUCCAUGAAUAUUACGAAUUUAGAUUAUAGAUGUAGACAAACCCAAGUGUCACGAU